AUGUGGCUUUUAAGAUGUGUCACAAAUCCCUACUACUACUCUCAUUAUUAUGGCUACUACACAAUGCCAGGCCAGGUGGCGGAUCACCCACCCAAAAAGUUCGAAAUGACAAUAUAAUGGCUGCAAAUUUACUGUUAGAGGAUCUACAGGCACAACCAUCACAUAGUCAGCUAAUCAAUCUGACAAGACAUCACGAUGGUGAUCUCUUCCAUACGAAUGGCAUUGCCAGUAUUUGCAAUGCGGACACCUGCAUUGGCCUAUCCAGUGGAACGGCGGCUCUAGUGCGUCAAGUCAACGAUGGACUAGGUCAAGCCUCCGCCUCGCUGUCAUCACAAGGCGGUCAUCGCCUGAAACUUCAACAGAAAUUGGUAGCUGGAGCAAGAGUGGUGGGAUCUGGUGAAUUAGGUACGACUAGCGGGGAUUUGGAUACAGGCUCAUGCUCAUGUCGCUGUCUACCGUAUUUACCGGCCUAUCGGGAGGAUUUGGGCAUUUGUGUGGACGACAUACACGAGUGUUCACUAUCGCCCUUUGUCAGUGGCUCAUCGUCGGAGAAAAUUCCAUUUGUAUUUUUGCCAUUGCGUGGACAGAUCAUAUAUCCCAGUCGUGAGAUUAGUUUUCCCAACAUACAUACUCCUGUGUGUGCUGUGACGGGAGCCCAAUAUCUUGGAUCGAAUGGCUGGUCAGAUUUAAGGAAUCCCAUCGAUACGGAUUAUCCAUUUCGCAUGUUCCGCGAUGAGGGAAGAAGUUUUCUUCAGUGGCUCGGCGAGGCGGAAUUGCGUCAGAAGAUGCAAGGUCGUUUGAUUGUGGUGCAUUUGGUGUGUCGUGAUAUGACCAUUAACUUGAAUGCCACCAAGAAGGCAUUGAUUGGUGACCAAUUGAUGUCUCCCCGAAAUGUUCAUUCCCCCUGUGUGGCCUUUCGAGUCAAUGGGAGUCCAGUGAAAUACGUUCACAAUGUACCCGAGGUGUUCUUUCAGCCAGCCAACUCCACACGUUUGGCCUCCACUUCUGAUGGCAUGACCAUGCGCGAGUAUGUGGUCAUUGGCAUUUGUAGUUUACUUCUAGGACUCAUCUAUGUGGCCUCGGUAUUCCUCUAUCUGUUUAUGAAGAAGCGCAAGAGUCGUCGUCACAAUUCACGCAACUCCCUGGAUAAUUUGCCCAACGAGAUUAAUUAUCCCAAGAACGAUCAGGUCACCUAUGGAGCUCCUUUUAGUCGUGUGGGCAGCAUUUACUCGGCUCACAGUCUGGGCAUGGGGGGGAAUGAGGCAUCCGCUGGGCGCCCCUCAAUGAACGGCUUGAAAGACGAUUUGGGCAUAGUCAAGAAUAAUCCUCUACUCCAGCAUUUCCCCCAGUUGGGAGAUAGGGAACAGAAUUCUGGAUUUGCCAGCGAUAUAUCUAACUCGAAUUCCGAAUGUGAAAUGGAGGAGAAGAUCAAGACUUCUGUUCUGGUUCAUCCACAGUUGAACAAGUCGCCCAAACCGGGUGCUAUUGGCAUGGAGAAUCCGUCUUUAGAGGCCGAUGAUUUUCUCCAGGAGAAUGAAUGCUUGCCCACGGAAAAUGUGGCCGUAAUUGAAGAUCUAAUGAGUGAGGAAAAAAUGGAAAAUCUAAGGGCCAUGGUUAGUGGAAAUGUGAGAAAGAAACUCUAUUUUAAUCCAGCCUACUUUGAGCCACAUCUAUUAGCGGAGCCUCCCCAAGCGGCUAUAGAGUUCUUGCAAAAAAUUCGGGAGGUCAUUGCCAUUGCCAAAUAUAAAAUGGCUGCCAAGCGCUAUCAGCCAUCUCUAAAUAUUAUACACGAAGAGGUUCCAGGGGAAGAUAACAAGAGCAGCUCUGCUAGAGCCAUGUACAACGUGCCGCUGCAGGAGAAUCUAUCGGCCAAGGAGGGUAUGGGAGAUAAACGGAAUAGCAUUGAACAAUGGCUACAAAGUGUACCCAAUUCGGAUCAAAAGAGCAUAGAUCGACCCACAUUGAUGCAAGCUAAGAAGGGUAGUGUUUCGCCUUCUAAAGGUUCGGUGCGGAAAGAGAUUUCAGCUCCCAAAGAACGUCCACCACCGCCACCACAGCAUUCCAUGCAGAAAGCCAAGCCAGAAGACCCGCCUCCUUCGCCUCCUUCUCUUGCCCCCAUUGCAGAGUCUGUUAAAUCGAAAUUUCCAAUUUCUUCAAUUGCCAAGACUACUUAUGAUAGUUAUUCAGCUUACUCGGCGGCUGCAAAUGUCUAUGGAUUCGCUGGCGGAGAGAUUUACAAUAAUCCGAAAUUCAUGUUGGGUGAUUCACCAGCCGCCUCGCUGCGUAGUUCCUCUAGCCGUUCCAAGAGUCUGCGCAAGCGUAGUGAAGUCCUGGAUCAGUUUGCUGCCGCCAAUUCCACGCCCACUUCGCUCAACUCCUUCGAUCGUCAGCACUAUAACAUGCUAAGGAAUAUGAAACCCUCGGAUAUAAUUUACGAUUCUCUAAAGCGCGAAUUCUCGGCCAAUAUACCAACACCCGAUUAUGACAGCACUAUGGAGAAGAAGAUCAAGGAUAUCUAUAGCAGCACUCAGAGCAGUAUUCCAUCAGUUCCGACGCCGGACUACAGUUCGUUGAGUCGCAAAUCGCUGAAGCAGUUUCAACCGGACUCACCGAUCUACAGACGCAAGUCACCGCAGUAUUUGAUAGUCGACUACGAGACGGAUAGUCUGGAACGUUUGGAGCCUAGCAAACGCAAGAGUUCACACUCUUCGAGUUCCCCAUCGUCCGAUGUGAGCUCUCAGCUAAGUCCUAGCCUCAGUACAGCUCUACCACUUGAAGAGGAGAUGGAAAUAAGCCAUACGGUCUAUGAUAGGAAAGAUGGGGGUCCCAUUAAGAAACGUCAUCAUUCCCAUCAUCCACAUCCUCAUCAGCAACAUGGCAGGCAAAAGGAGGCUGCAGCCCGCAUCAAAUAUGACACGCCCUUUCGGGGCAGCAUGACCAUUGAAGUGGAGCAUGAGCCUCCCUCGGACUUGGAGCGUACCGACAGCGAUCAAUUCGAACCGGACACCUUGGAUCGUAAGCCCAAGAAACAGAGCUUUUGCGACAUCUCAGCCUGGCACCAGCAACAGGAACGUCAGCAACAGCAGAUCGCUCCAGAACCAGAUUUCAAUCAGAUCAAUUCAUUGCCCGAUUUGAGUCGCCAACAGGAGCUGUCCAACAAGCCUCGCACAGCCUCUUUUAUAUUGAGAUCGAGCAAUUCUUUUCGCAAUCUACGUGAGAUCUACGAAUCGCCCCUGGCCAUCCAAGACACGAGUUGCAAAUGCGAAAGACGAGAAUCGAUCAGUGAGAUAGAGGGACGUCUUCUUACCCUAGAGGCCAAGCACUCGAGACGUCAACGGGGAAUGCAGAGUUCACCCACUUUGUCCAUUGUCGAUGUGGCCAAAGUGAAUAAGACAACGAUAACGAUAUCAUCGCCCAAGCAGCAGCAGCAUCAUCAGCAACAGCAAGUGAGAAAAUCUCCGCCCAAUCACCAUUAUUGCCCGCCUUUGGUGCAAAGUAAACGACCUUUGCCACCGCCGCCACCACCUGCCGCAACAGAGACCCAAACACAAGAGGAGGAUACAUUCAGUAUGCACAGUGAGGUCACUGAGAUUACAGGCGUCUCGGAGUUUGAGAACUCUUGCAACAACACACUCUCCAGUGUUAUAUCAGCCACCACAGAGGAGAGGAAACACACAAAAGAGGCGGAUUAUGAUAGCACCUUGUACAACAAGAAGAUUAACAGCUUGCGUAAUGACUACAGCCUGACCAAGUAUCUCAAUCGUCGCAAGUCAUCGAGGGAGGGAGACAAUGUGAACGAGAAUGAGAAGAAGGAGAAGACCAAACCGGAGAUGGAAAUUAAUAAUGCAAAAAACCUUAAAGAAGUUGAUCUCAAUCAGUUUGAUGCCUUGUCCAUUAGCUCCCGUUCGAAUCGGAGUAGCAGUCAUCUCUCGGAGCGUACCAAGGAGAUGUAUCGUAAUGCUGGAGUUCCUGUUGGCAUUGCCUAUCCCCAGCGAUCGGCAGCCAAUUCGACCAACAAUACCAACUCUGGCAAUGUUGUUCAAACGGUCUAUCGAUGUGAGAUUGAACCAUCCCAGUUGACCAAUGGCAUGCAGAUAGCUAUAGGACUAAAGGAUCGAGCCAAAAAGGCCAAGGACUUAAAGAAUGCCUGGCGUAAAUUUGUCACAAUGGCAGCGAAUAAAUUCAGCCCCAGUCAGAGUCCGGCUCCCACAUAUGGGAGCAGUAAGCACUCGUCUGGUUUCUUGGAAUCCCUUGAACGCGAUGAGGGCAUUGCCUCGAUCAUUGAAGACGCCGCGAGUCAGUCAACUGGGGUGGGCCUUGGCUUAGGUGGCAAUCCACCUGGCAGUCAGACUUACUAUGAACAGCGUUUCGGUCAAUUGGAUAGUGGCUACAUGAGCACCGAUUCGAAUGAGUUGUACAAACGGCAGGUCUAUGAUCGUUAUAAUUUCAAGAUGCAGACAGGACGAGGCCAUCAGGUCAUUCGAGUGGAUACCAUCGAAGACACUGAGGAGGAGAAUGAUAAUCGAUUCGAGGACCUGGAGCAUAUGGAACAGAGUCAUAGCAGGGCCAUUACAGCGCCCAAUGAGGAUCUUAAUCUAAGUGAUGCGGACUCGGAUAAAACGCUGACCCGCUCACACUCUCAGACCGAUUCCCAUGAGCGUAAUGUAAGAGGCAGUACCACUACCAUGUCAUCGUCCUAUUCCUCAUCCGAGGAGGACCAUGGCCAUGGUCACGGACGCAGCAGCACAUGCUGCGGCUCCUCCGAAACCGAUGAGGAGGAGGAGGAGACCAAUACCGAAGACAUGUGGGAAUCGGGUGCCGAGAGCAUCGAAACCCAUUCAGUACUCUACAAGAUGAUUAGAAAGAGUUAGUUUAAGGCAUUUUGUGUGCAAUAUUUAGAAGAUGAAAGACUUUCCAUAGACUUAGACUAAGCAAUUAGACAUUAGAAGCAAUCAGUGCAAUAAUUUUUUUUGUCUAUAUAAUCCUGAUGCUUGCCAAACCACAAAAGGUGCAAUUUAUAUAUCAUACUCUAUAAUUAUUUUUAGUAUUAAAUACUUAGUUUAAGUUAUACAUCCAAUCCAAAAUCCAAGUGCAAUCAAUAUAAAUAUUUAUCCAAAAUCAGAUUAUAUAUCGUAUGCGAAUUGUGAUAACAUAAUGUCAGCAAGUCUCUUGGGCCGGAAAUGUGCAAUCUUAGUGUUAAUUUAG